UUAUAUAACAUUGUUUGUUACUUUAUAGAUUUUUGAAGAAUGAAGCACAACGAAAGUGAAGAGAUGAUUAAAAGAAGAAGUGUUGCUGAUAUUCUCAUGCUUCUAUCUAGGCAAGAAAAUAUUCAUAAGUUGAAAUCUGUUGAUCAGGAUGUGUUUAAGUGCAAGACUUGUGGACGUGUGUUCUCUUCUUUUCAAGCACUUGGAGGUCAUAGAACCAGUCAUAGAAGACAAGCUGCAGGACUUGAUCAUAAGAGAUUGAUAGAUAUGCAACUGAAGGUGACAACGAUGAUGAUGAAGAAGAAGAAGAACAACAAGACUCAUGAGUGUUCUGUUUGUGGAUUAGAGUUUGUUAUGGGACAGGCUUUAGGUGGCCAUAUGAGAAGGCAUAAGCCAGUGUCAGUGAAGAAAGUGUUAUUGUUUGAUCUAAACUUGACGCCUUUAGAGAAUGAUAACUUGAAUAGAGCCAAGUAUGCAGAUUGACACCGAGAGGAGUCGAACAUUAGUUAUUUAGAGAAGUGUUUGUAAGUAGCUAGGGAUGGCAAUUUAAUUAAUUUCAUGGACAUAAUGGAUGUGUGUGCGUGUUUAUAUAUAAAUACACUCACAAAUAUAUGUAAAUAGUAA